AUGGGUUGUUGUCGAAAAGAUAAGCAGAAAACAGCAACGAAAAAGAAAAAUGACAAGACGAAGACAAUCCAGGCGACGAAAGUUGAGAAAAAGAAAAGUACUACCAAUAAUAAAGAAAAGACAAUCAUCGAUGAUAAAAAGCAUGAAAUUGUAGCGAAGCUUAUCGAACAAACGAAGGAGAAUACUAUCCAGCAGAAACCUCCCUCAUCAUCUUCAACCGACGACAACAUUCUUUCCACUGAUAACAUAUCUCCUGUCAGAACAUUUGAUGAUCUGAAAAGUUCACUCGAACGCCACACGAAGCCGAUUUCGAUUCUUCUUUUCCAUGGUCAAUAUUGCCCAUUCUCAAAACGAACCAUCCCCGAUCUUCGUCGAUGGGCACGGGAUAACAAAGAUCGAAUUUAUUUAUACGAAGCAAAUGUUGAACAAGCAAUAAACCUAGUCGAAUAUUAUCACGUCCGAACGAUCCCGACAUUGUUAGCAUUUGAAGAAAAGAAUCUUCUGAUGCCAAUCUGGAAACGAACAGCAAGUAAUGUCUUAUCAACCAUCGAGACAGCUGAACCAAUGGAAAUUGAAAGCGAACCUGAUCAACUUGAAGAGAUUUUGCAAAGAAAAUUAAAUGAUUCAAACAGAAAAAUCGAUCGAUCGUAUUCAAUCAAGUCUCUCGCAUCAUCUCAACACAGUUCGUAUGCUUGGAACCAAUCAGUUCCAAGCGUUGAAAACAAGAGUCAAACAACGGAAUCGAUCACCGAGUAUCACGGCCGAAUGGUCUCCCGAACUGCUUUCAGUAUAACUUCAUCUGAGAAUCUACUGAAAAAGAAAUUCGGAUUGAACGAAUAUUUUAACGAGAAGAAAUCUUUGGAUGAUUCCACACAACAAAUCCAUCUUUCAAAAUCAAACGAAAUCUUCUACCAAAAGCACUACAACAAUCCAGAUGAAGAUCGUUUGUCUUCAUCGUCUUCAUUCGAUCGUUUCAGUACAUUAAUCUAUCCAUAUGCGAAAAAUGCGAUUGCUCAUCCAUUCAAUCAGGAAGAAAAACUAUGUAUUCUCUAUUUUGGACCCAACCGUUGUCGAGGUUUUGAAGAUAAUUUACUUCUUAACAAAACUUCUUCCAAACUAUCACUGCUAACUCUUAAAUCUCAUGUAUUAAUCGAAGAUUAA